AGGGAGACGUGCAGCCACCGCGCUGCGAGCCUGCGAGCGAGCGAGUCCGAGGCUCCGAGCGCGGCUUCGCUUCGAGAGGCGCACGCCGCGCCACGGCGAGCCACUCCCCACCUCGGCAUCGCACCGGCACGGCGGCGACAUGCUCCCGCUCAUCUCGCCUCCGCGGCUUCGUGCCGCCGCCAACGCCGGCGGCACUGCCACGCCCCCGCGGCCGGCCGUCAUCCUCCCAGGGCUCGGGAACAACACGGGCGACUACGCGCGGCUCGCCGCGGCGCUGCGGGACGACUACGGCCUGCCGGCGGCCGUCGUGGCGCGGGUGACGCGCCUCGACUGGCUCCGCAACGCCGCGGGGCUCCUCGACGCCAACUACUGGCGGGGAACGCUCCGCCCGCGCCCCGUCCUCGACUGGUACCUGAAGAGAGUGGACGAAGCGGUGUCUGAGGCGAGGGAACUAUGUGCUCCAGGUGGGAAGGUAUCACUGAUAGGGCAUUCAGCUGGGGGCUGGCUCGCCCGCGUGUACAUGGAAGAGUUUGAUGCUUCUGACAUAAGUUUACUGCUCACCCUUGGCACACCUCACUUACCUCCUCUGAAAGGCGUACCUGGGGUAAUUGAUCAGACUAGAGGAUUACUGAACUACGUUGAGAAGAAUUGUGCUCCAGCAGUUUAUACACCAGGACUGAGAUAUGUGUGCAUUGCUGGAAGGUACAUCCAAGGUGCUCCUCUUCUGGGGAACUCUGCAGUUGCUUCAGAUGAGGUCCUAGCAGUGGACAGUCCAGAAGGAGGUGAGGCUGUUAUUAUCAGUACCAAUGAUAAAUCUACUCCAUCAAGUGUCACAUGGAGAGCUCGGUUCGUUGGACAAGGGUACAAACAGGUUUGUGGCCGUGCGGAUGUGUGGGGCGAUGGUGUCGUUCCUGAAAUGGCUGCGCAUCUGGAGGGUGCACUGAACAUAAGCUUUGACGGCGUGUACCAUUCGCCUGUAGGUGCUGAUGAUGAACAGAGGCCCUGGUAUGGCUCGCCGGCAAUCCUGAAGCAGUGGGUGCAUCACCUUCUGAGCUGAAUGGACUUACGAGCUAGCUACCCCAGGGGAGCCUUUUCUCGGCCUGAAAUUGGACUAUCGUGGCAUCUUGUGUAGUGUCGUUCGUUGGCAAUUUGGCAUGAUAGUUACAACAAUCCUGGGCAAUAGUGUUUUUGGUUUCCUUACACAAUGUAACUGUGAUUUUUUUGUCCAAAUACAAUUGUUUACUGGAACUUCUUACUGUAAAGCAUCUAUGUAUUAUAUACUGAGGCAGUGAGGUUCCUUCAA